AUAAAGCUGCCCCCAGAAAACAACCUCAAAUCACCAACAAUCCAUUAUCCAACAUCAUCUUUCUUUAAACUUAUCGUGCAUUCUACGUACAUGACUAGAUUAUCAAAUCCUCAAUAAUUCCCCAUUUCCAUUAUUGAUUAUUCCAUAGAUUCUCGCUUCUUAAUUUGUUUUUACACACUAAUCAAACAACAAUUUCCAACUCAUUAAUAACUCAUCCUUUUCAAAUUUCCAAUUAAUCCACCACCUCAAAAAUACACUCUCUUUCUCUCUCCUCAUCCGCCAUUGUUAGGGUUUCUGCAAUUCUAUCCAUCAAAAUCAACUUCAACUUCCUUCCCCAAUUUCUAGGGUUGAGUUAAAUGGAUUUAAUCGGAGACGCACUUCGCCAAGCUUUUAUGCCGAAACACGACUACCAAAACCUUAGAGAUGAAGAUAAAGCUUGGCUUAAGUUACAGAAACCGAUUUGUGUUACAAUUGUAUGUGUUAUUUCUAUUGCGAUUCUUGUUUCUACUGCUAUUAGUUUGAAGAUAGUGUUUCCUGGUGAUUCUGGUAAUAGGCCUUUUUGUUAUGAUCUUCGUCUUCAACCUUUGCCGAUUAAUGCUAGUAGUGGUAAUGGUGCGACUUCUGGUGAUUCUGAUUCUUUUCCUGGAGCUUUUUAUCUUACGGAUCAGGAAACUGUUGAUUACUAUUAUAUGGUGUUGUUCCUUCCUUCCUCGAUCUUGUUCUUGCUUUCCGUCGUUUAUCUUGUUGCAGGGGUUAUGGUUGCUUACUCUGCUCCACAAAGACAUGGUUGCUUGAAGGUGGUUGAAAACAAUUAUUGUGCUUCAAGGAGGGGUGGAGUGCGCUGUCUCGCCAUCCUUAAUAUGGUGUUUGCCAUCAUCUUUGGUCUUCUUGCACUUUUCCUGGGUUCAAGUCUUCUCACAUUGGGGAGUAGCUGUUCCUUGCCCUUGUUUUGGUGCUAUGAGGUUGCCUCAUGGGGGUUGGUCAUUUUAUUUGGGGCCACUGCCAUUUUCCUGAGAAGGAAAGCUGCUGCGAUUUUGGAUGAGGGUAACUUCUCUGGAAGAAAUCUUGGGUUAGAGAUGUUGGAAGCUAAUCCUUGGGAACUAACACCAGGUGUUGAAAGACGUGUCAAUGAAGGCUUCAAAACUUGGAUGGGCUCUUCCCUUUUAUCCUCUGAUGAGGAAGAUGAUUCUGAGGAACAUGAAGAUUUGCUUCAUACGAGCAACAGUCAAAGCAGACAAAGACUAUUGACAUGAUAGCGAUUUAGUACCUUUUUGGCAUCUUAGUAGAGAAAUCUUAAUGUAGAGAACGUCUCUCUGCUCAUAUACACAUACACGUAUUGAUGGGCUCUGGCCAGUGGGUUCCUCGUGAUGGUCCAUUACCAUUGUCUCGGUUAUAGCCGGAACCUGCUGAACAACCAGGUCUUUUGGGUUAGCGAAGAGUAGCGUCAAGGGAACUGUAGAAAGACAAGUGGUUUGGGUCUGGAGGACUUGGCUUCACUAACUUGUGAAUUAGAACUAGUCAACUAAUUAAAUGUCCAUGUUAUGCUUAACAUUACAAUAUGUUUUAUGUUUGAGACGGUUGUGAAUACUCCUAUAUCUUUUCGAUACUGAUCUCUUAUACAAAUCAAAAAGAAAAAGAAUGAUCCUG